AUCCUUGAUCAUCAUGACCUCGCGCAGCUCAUCAUGCUAUCUUCCACUUCUUUCUUUCUAUGUUCUCGGAAAUAUGCUUUUACUUACACCACUGUCUUAAUUUUUUCCUUCUUAUUUAUAAUUUGGACCUGUAUGGACCUGUAAUAUGUAACACAAUGUGUCUAAUAAUGCUAUGUGUCGAAGACAUGAAAUGGAAAGUACAGAAAAAUAUGCUUAACUGAUAAAGACAAGAACUUAGAAAUAUCAUUCCUGAAAACCUAUCAUUUCAAAGAAAAUAAAACAUGAACAGUAAGUAACCACUCAGUAUAUUUAUAAUUUUUUUGUUAUGUAAUCUAUAUAAAUUCUUAUGCUCGUACCUUCUUCAUAGUGUUAUAUAAAAUCAAAUUAACAAGAUCAUGUACAUGUUAACAUUUCUGGUGUAAUGUUUCAUAGUAUUUAUUUAUUUAUUUAUUUGCUUGCUUAUUUGGUUAUCUAUGAAGUGUUCUGGGAGUCAUUAGAUGAUUUUAGUACCUAACACGUGGCAACACUUCUCAGUCUAGUUGUCUACGUGGCAUUUGCGGGGUUAGGCAAAGUAGUGGCGUGCUCUUAUGUGCGAUUUAUAGGAUUAAAUCCUCCCAUAUUCAUCAUGCCCACCGUCCUGUUUACUCCUGACGGCACGGCGCAAGGCUACAGUCAUGAGUGAGCACGGUGAGUCAAACUGGAAGGGCGGGAGGAGGAACGAAGAGGUGGUGGUUGGCAGUGGACCGGAGGUUAAUGGCGGCUAAGAAAACUGCUCACUGCUCAGCUCUUCCGUUGGACUCCCAAGGUGUUUAGCAGUUUAGGUUUACAUGAGCGAAGUUUUGGCAUUAGAAGGAUCUGCCCAAUGGAGAGGAGUGAAGCUGUCCGGAUUAGUAGCCCGGCUGUGAAUCUCCAAUCCACUAGGGGUUUCCUGAGUGUCGGCCAGUGAGGCCUCAGAAACCCGACCCUGGUAUAGUGCACUUAGGUAGUUAGGGAACUCUUCCCCUGAGCUAGUCCCUACAGAAGGGUCUAGGUACAUAGGAACUUUAGGUGGCUGCUCUUAGAGCUAGGCCAUAGGACAUGCAUCUCCCUGCGUAGCAGGGAGGUGCAGCUAGGGUGAGAGGUGAACUGGACUAGCUGAGAUGCGUAACACCUACACCAUGGUAGCAACUAAUGGCGUGCAUCUCCCCGCGUAGCCGGAGAGGUGCUUCUAGGGAGUACGUGGUUGGUAUCAUGGACUUCAGGAUGGCCACCAACGAGGACCGCGAGGACGACCCAGGACCGAGAGACGGACCACAACCCGAGGACCAAGAGGACGACUUCCAGACAGGACGGGAGGAACGUACGAAGAACCGCAGAAAGGAAGCAAGGGAGCGCCGACGACAACAGCAGCUUGCCCUAGGAGAAGACAUCAACAUCCAGCCGGAUCAGAUGGGGCAGCCAUGGCGCAAAUUCAAAGCGCUUCCAAACGAACACUACCGGACAGGAUUUGACGUCGUAGAUGCCUUGGCGCGAGCACAUCCUACACUUCGCCUUAAGGUACGUCCCAACGUGAAGCGGGAAGUGAUCAUCACUGCACUAACCGACGAGGCUGCUACACUCCUUAGCAACACCAAGACCAUCCACAACAAGGCGGUUCGGAUUGAAGCUCUCGACCCGGAGGAAAGACAGAAACGAUGGGUGGUAAUGAAGUUCCCCCUCGGGCUGGAGCCUCACCUGUUGAUCCAGCAUCCGCAAGUCUUGGAGGCUGAGCAGUUCACGCUCAAAGACAGACACCUGGAGAGGACUGUAGAAACCAGACAGGUACUUAUCAAAGCUACAGGAACCUUUCCUGACAGCACUGUCGACUUAGGGUGGUACGGGAAAUACAAAUUACGCCCAUACACUCCUGACCCUAUUCGGUGCUUCAGGUGCCAACACUUCGGCCACCACCAAACUACUUGCACCAGGCCGUUCUCGUGCGCAGUCUGUGGCGGCCGCCACCAAUCCGAGGAAUGCUUCAGGAACAAGAGAGAAAAUCACAUCUCGGCUGAUGUCAGGUGCCCAAAUUGUCAACGUAGUCAUCCUGCCUGGAGCCUGCACUGUCCUGCUAGGAAAAAGGCAAUUAGGGACAAAAUGGGCAUUCCUCAUAAUCAACCCGAACCUCCAAACCUUCAAGUCCAGCCAGCGCCUAGUCUAAAUGACCCGGCGCAUUUUCCAGCACCCCAGACUACGACUUCGCAGCCUGUAUCGCCACCGCCAGCAACACUUUCGCAUAAGGAAUUACAUACAACAGAAGCCGCUACGCAGACAACUGAAAAAGAUACGACCACCACAGCCAGCAACCACACAGCUAAAGACACAUGUGAAACGCUUGAGAUAACGCCGGCGUGCUUACACACGCUCCUUGAAGGCCUUAUCUCCAUACUUCAUCCACAGGCCAACAGAGAUGCCAUAAAAACUCAGAUUACUACAUUAAUUGAAGCCACUUUUCGGGCAAGCACCACCACCACACACCUUGACACUCAAGAAACAGAAGAUGAGGAAGACCCAGAAGCUGAAGAGGUAGAUAUUGACACAACUAAUGAAGACCAUGAGGACGAGACAAACAGCGCAGACAAGAGUGGAGACGAAACCCUGAGCAACGAGAGCGGCGUUACAGGAAAAAGCGAGCAACUAACCGGCCGAAAGGGACGAAGGAACGAUGAGGGCAGACGACAUGUUGUAGCUCAGGCCAGCCCUAGCUACGCAGGACAGCAUGCCUCACCUAAAGCGCCAGUCACCCGCAGCAAGACGGGCAAGAGAACAUCAUCUCAAAACAGCUACUGGAAAGAAAUAACACCCAACAUGGCAGAAAAGGACAACCUUAAGAUAAUACAAUGGAACAUAUGUGGGCUGCGUAGUAAAACACACCACAUCAGGGCAGCAGCAGAGGCAGAGGAUGUUGACAUUUUUCUCCUACAAGAAACUAAAAUGCCCAACACCAUCUUCCGACUCUCAGGUUACCAAGUCUUCCUCACACCACAGACAGGAGGAACCAACGGCCUCGCCACACUGGUAAAGAACACGCUCCCAGCAAUCAAAAUAGCUGACACACCUGACUGCGGAGAAGGAAACGAGGUACUGGGAGUACGAGUAACGACACGGAACAACGAGCUAGCAAUCUACAAUGUAUACCGUAAGGCAAAUACGGACUUCAUCGCUAGCGAGCUGCUAAGCACAGUUUACUAUGACACUGUCCUGAUAGGUGGCGACUUCAACGCUCACCACCCACAGUUUAACCCGAACUUGGGGAAGAUAAACGCUGCUGGAAGACAAAUCGUCAGCCUGCUCGAACACAUACCCGAAGUCACCCUGGCGACUGGACCAGAAGCAACCCAUAUACAAGGAGGAACGUUAGACCUAACGCUUGUAUCGACGGACCUGUACCCAAAAAUUCAGUGGAGCGUUCACCCCACCCUUACAAGCGACCACUUUGCCGUUAAUAUCACCCUUGAAGAUUCUGCCCCGGAGUAUCUUACGCUUCCCCCGCCCAAGUGGAACAUCAAACACAUCAACUGGCCUACAUUCCAACAAGAGCUGGACACCUGGAGUGAAACGUAUAUAACUCCGGACGACAUAAAUGAAGCUGAGAAGAACCUCGUCCAAGCCUUUCAUGCGGCACUGGACAAAGCUUGCCCAGUGUCUUCUCACAGCAACCGCCACUACAAGGACCACUGGUUUUAUGACGACGAGGUCAAAGAACUAUAUGCAAGGGUCAACUCAGCCAGGAAACGGUUUCGGAGGCAAAGGACUGAAGACAAUAAAGAACUUUUACAAGCCGCAGUAAGAAGCUCCGACAGACGACUAAAGGAAAUAAGACGCGAGAAAUGGUUGGAGUGGUGUUCCCAGUUAAAUGCACACACGUCUCUGGCUCGUUUAUGGGACCACAUCCGCAGAGUCACCGGAAAAACAAGAACAAGAGCUCCCCUCCACCCAACCCCACAAGUUGAGGCGGAAAGACUAGCUACACUGUUCAGAGAUCGCGCGUCGUCAGCACAACUACCGACCAACACCAGAAGGAGGCAAGACGACAGGCUCCUUGCCAGACGCAACACCAUAGCAACAGCUUGUCAGCAACCCAGCCCUUCCGAUGUCAACUUCACUCUCCAUGAACUUCUCUGUGUUGAGAAGACAGGAAAGGACACAGCACCGGGAGACGACCGGCUGACAUAUCUGAUGAUCAAGAACAGCGGGGAAGCAGCCAAGACUAUGCUACUGGCCCUAAUAAACGCCACCUGGAGACAAGGCCAGUUACCAGAUACAUGGAAAACUGCCAAUGUGACCCCCAUUCCUAAACCAAAGGACCCCGGCAACCCGAGGCCUAUUCAUCUCCUCAGCUGCUUGGGAAAGACAGCAGAGAAGCUUGUUCGAAGACAGCUGGAACACCAGGUCGGCCAGCUGCACCCUCAUCUCUUCGCUUACAGAAGAGGUGUCGGCACGACAGAGAAUCUAGCAGGGCUCCUGAGCACGGUAGAUGGGCACCCUUCCGUGGUAGUCUUUCUUGAUCUGGAAAAAGCGUUUGAGUUGGUAAACCCAAUGACCAUCCUAGAGACGCUCGCACUUAAAGGGGUACAAGGAAGACUACUGAAAUGGAUCCAAGGUUAUAUCACUGGAAGACAUCUACGAGUCACAUUCCAAGGGAAGACGUCCCUUCAAUACUCUCUAGAAAAUGGCACCCCGCAGGGAGGGAUUCUGUCCCCAAUACUAUUUAACCUAGUCAUGGAAAGGUUGGUCAGCAUAGACUUUGAGAGAGGGGUUAAACUCCUCUGCUCUGCCGACGAUCUCCAGUUGAUUUCACAAGGGAAUGCCAAACACCGCAAAGCUCAGGUGGCUCUGCUGAAAAUCGAGCAGAUGUGUACAGAACUCGGCCUCAAGAUUAACCCCCUUAAGACUAAAGCCAUGCUUAUCAAGGAGAGGAGGAUACCUGAGGGAAAUCUACGGAUCCAGGACACUGACAUCGAGUGGGUCCAGAAACAUCAGUGCCUUGGAAUCCACUUCGACUACAGACUCUCCUUCAAGCCCCAGGUCGAGUACCUAAAGGAAAGAAUGGCCACAAGGAUCAAUGCGAUGAAAGGCAUGACUGCACUAUCUUCCGGAGCCGACUAUGAUGUCUUACGAUCUUACUAUGUCCACGCAGAUUAUUCCUCCAUUGCUCUGGUCGGGUUGAAUCCCACAGAACUACAUGCCUUACAAGUACAGCAGAAUAAGGCCAUGCGCCUUAUUGUUGGAGCUCCUAUAUGGACAAAACUUAGUAAUCUACAAGUGGAGACGGGCAUAGCGCCCGUAGAAGCAAGGAUCACUAAAAAUGUUGCAGUAGCCACAGCGAAGCUUCUCACCACACCUGGUUACCCACUGACACGAUCCAGGCUUAGAACCGCAGCAGCCCAGGGAGAGCAGUUCGACACCACCAGGUGGACUCGCAAGGCCAACAUAGCAUUGUCAUCCUCAGGACUAAGAUACGUCGGAGCACUGGAUGAAGAUACUGCAUGCGAAGGUUAUACAGAACCACCUCCUUGGACAGAGAACCAUACGGUCUACAGCUGCAAGCUCCCUGAGGCUCCCAGAGACGACACUGUAAGAAGACGAAUACACGGCGAGCUCCAGAUAGCCAGGCUGACAAUUAACGACGCUGAAGUUUUCUACACUGAUGGGUCAGUGGACGAAGAUGGCAGAAGCGGAGCUGCCUUCAUCUACAACGGAGAACAGUUCCUAACAAGACUUUCUGAUGGCUGCAGCAGUAUGCAGGCAGAGAUGGUAGCUAUACAGCAAGCCACGGCUCACGCUACUACACUACCCAACACCGACAUAAUCAUACACACCGACUCACAGUCAGCAAUGGAGGCUCUCCAAGCAAGGAACCUAAAGGACAACAUUCGGCUCACUACCACCGUCAAGAGGAACAUCCGGGAACUGCAGCGUCAAAGGAAAACUGUCACCAAUAAUUGGAUUCCGAGCCACGUAGGGAUUCAUGGGAACGAGUCAGCCGACAUGGCAGCGAAGACAGCGGCGCUCCUUGCUGAAGUCACAACACAUGUCCAGCCUUCACUCUCGGCAAUGAAGAUGGCUGCACGACGACGAGAGACUACUAUUACGACAAACAGAAACAGGACGUAUGCUGCAGAAGGAUCCAGGAGCUGUCAAUGGUACAGAGGAGUGACGGACGGCAAGAGACUUAGGAUUCCGAGAGGUACGCCGAGGACACUACGAGUACAUCUUCACCGGUUAAGACUCGGAUACGUGUGCAACUGGAGAAUACGUCAACAAGAAGUACGGCCGUGUGCCCACUGUGGGGUCCAUCAGGAAGAACCGUUACUACACUGGGUGCUGCAAUGUGACAAGACGGAACAACUCCGCCACCAGCUAUCUACACACCACAUGAACCCACAAGACAUUGAAGCAAGGGGCACAGCUGUGAGAAUGCUGAAAACACUCUUCUCUAGCCACAUGGACAUUCUCACGAAUACAAUCCAACAAUACCCGCCACCACGCUGACUUAGCUUAGCUAGAGAUAGGAGAGGGACACAUGCUAUGGCUCACCUCUUAGUUUUUAGCUACGGGCCGCCAACGGCAAUGGCCCGUUUCGGGAGUAAUUUGUUAUGUAAAUAUUAUUUAUAAGCUUUUUUGUUUCCUUGAAAUAUACUUGUCUGUA